AAUUGCUUCCCUUUGAAGGCAAAGCACAUCUUGGCAUGGAACUUACUAAGCCAAGCCACGCCUUUCACCUGCAUAUUCCUGCUGGUCUGUGCGUGUACAACCACAAUCUGAUAAACCCGAGGCUGGGGUUCUAUGUAUCUAGGCCGAGACUUGCCCUAAAUAAAGUCACUGUAUCCCCUAAAACGUUGGCGGACUUGCCAACCUUCCCUUCUCAUCCAAACCUUAGAGGACAAUCACACCAUCACACACCUCACUCUUGUCCAAACCAACCCUCUCAAUUAGAAGAAUAAGCCUUCAAAAUCGAAAUCGCAAAGAUGGCCCUCAACGAAGCACACAAAUCUCGCAUCAUAAGCCAUAUGAACAAGGACCACAGCGCGGAGCUAUCCCAAUAUCUCCGCGCCUUCGCCGGGGUAUCCGCCACGGCAGCGCGCGGUGCCGAGCUCACAGACAUGACGCUGGAUACCAUGGUCAUCUUCACGCCAACAUCUGGUAGUAAAGUAUAUAAGAUACCCAUAACCCCACCCUUAAAGUCUGCCGCCGAUGCCCGCGAGCGCUUGGUCGAUAUGUCGCGCCGCGCACAGCAAAAACUCGGGUUGAGUGAUAUCCGAAUUACUACCAUCACGCCACCACAUGGGGGCGGAAUCGUGAGUUCCGCCGGUGUUUCGCUAUAUUUUAUCUGCGCGGCGACGCUCUUCUUCGUCAACCCGGAAACCCCAAUUUGGGGCUUAUUAAACUCGUACUUCCCCUAUGGUGCUGCGGGCUACAUAUGGCUCGUCAAAGCCAUUUUCCUACCCGUUAUUCUAAUCCACACCGCCGAAGCGUGGUGGAUGGCCCGGACUAGACUAGCUCCGCACGGCGUAGAGACCGGUUCCGCGCUAUGGUGGUCAUGGACCGUUAACGCAUUUGUGGAGGGCUGGCCCGCUUUGAUGCGGUUCGAUGGACUAGUUGAGGCGGAAAAGAAGAAGAAGGAAAGUGGAAAGCAUUGAGAGUCUUUCAUGAACAAGCGAUGCGGCGGUCUAUUUACCCCCGUAACACCUACAACGGACAGUGCGCAUCAUAAAGUCGGCGAUAAUACAAUAACUCGUAUCAUGUCUAGCUCAAUUUAUUAAGGACGACGAAGAAAUUAAUUAGUAAUUACACAAGCUACCCACCUUUACAUUUGUGUCACAUUUCAACU